UAUCGAUAGGCCUGCAAGCUGCAGCAGAACAGAAAAAAAACAACAAAAGGCCUGAAAUUAUGUUGAAAUAACUCCCCUGAUAUGAGCUGCCCUGCUGAACUCUAGGGCACACCGAUUAGAGGCAUGUUUAGGAAGCUGCUCAAGAUGUGGAUUCUGCUGCGACCAACGCACUGGCUGAUUCUGAUAGCCCUGUGCGUGCUGACCUGUGCAGGUUACUGGUUGCUUUGGUCGGAGAUUCGCCUGGAACAUGCCUUCAAGCCGCUGUCCAAAUUGGGGGAAUCUCUGACCCCCGAUCAGCAUGCCUCAUCGUCCACCGACGACUUCGAUUUCGAGGAGCACCUGGUGGUGCUGUACAACCGCGUUCCAAAGACAGGAUCCACCAGUUUCGUCAACAUUGCAUACGAUCUCUGCAAGCUAAACAAAUUCCACGUGCUGCACAUCAAUGUGACUGCCAACAUGCACGUCCUUUCGCUUCCCAACCAAAUCCAAUUCGUGCGAAACGUUUCCCGAUGGCACGAGAUGAAACCAGCACUUUAUCAUGGCCACAUGGCCUUCCUAGACUUCUCCAAAUUCCAAAUCGCCCACAAGCCCAUCUAUAUAAAUCUGGUGCGCAAGCCUCUGGACAGACUUGUCUCCUACUAUUAUUUCCUACGCUUCGGCGACAACUACCGACCGAAUUUAGUACGCAAGAAGGCGGGCAAUAAAAUUACCUUCGACGAGUGCGUGGUGCAGAAGCAACCCGACUGUGAUCCCAAAAACAUGUGGCUGCAGAUUCCCUUCUUCUGUGGCCAUGCCGCCGAGUGCUGGGAGCCCGGCAGCAGUUGGGCCUUGGAUCAGGCCAAGCGCAAUCUAGUCAACGAGUACUUCCUAGUCGGAGUCACCGAGCAGAUGUACGAGUUUGUGGAUCUGCUGGAAAGAUCCCUGCCCAGAAUUUUUCACGGCUUUCGUGAGCACUAUCACAACUCAAACAAAUCUCAUCUGCGAGUGACUUCUUCCAAGCUGCCGCCGAGCGAGUCGACAAUUAAAGCCAUUCAAAAGACCAAAAUCUGGCAAAUGGAAAACGAUCUGUACGAGUUCGCGCUGGCCCAGUUCGAGUUCAAUAAGAAGAAGCUCAUGCAGCCGGAUAACAAGCACGUGCAAAAGUUCAUGUACGAGAAGAUUCGGCCCAAAUGAUUGCAGAGAAGGCGACGCAGUCGCAGAGCAAGAAUUCGGCCGGCUUAAGUGUUCCAAUGUCUGCCAGGAGUCUCCGAUUUUUGUAUUGUAAAUACACAGUUCUCCC